AUGAUCGACUCCUCCAUCCUCAUCGCCCCGCUGGUCUUCUUCAUCGCCCCCAACGACCCGCGCUUCCUCAACACAAUGGACCGCAUCCUCCUGCCCCCGGAGAAGGGCGGCCUGACCAGCACCGGCCUCGUCUACCGCUACGACACGGAGCUCUCGGAAGACGGCGUCGGCGGGCGCGAGGGCGCCUUCAGCAUGUGCACCUUCUGGCUCGUCGAGGCCAUGACCCGCGCCUCCGUCUACGAGCCAAAGUACCUCGUCCGCGCCGUCAACCUCUUCGAGAACAUGCUCAGCUUCUCCAACCACCUGAGCAUGUUUUCCGAGGAGAUCGCCCGCAGCGGCGAGCAGCUCGGCAACACGCCCCAGGCCUUCAGUCACCUGGCCCUCAUCAGCGCCGCCUUCAACCUCGACCGUGUCACCGAGUUUAUGCGGUAG